GGUCCCCUCUCCCGGUGAACCGGAUGCUCAGGCAGUUUCCUCUCCGCGUCCUCUGCGGCCGCCCGGGUGCCUGGCGUCGCUGCGGGAACCCACGAGGGCUCAGGCGGGGGCUCCCGGCGGCGGGUCCGCAGGUGUAGGCGCCGGGAGGAGCUGGGCGCCCACGGCUACCGAGCGUGGAGGAGACAUUGCCCUGCGGCGAUGGGGGCCAGGGGCGCUCCUUCACGCCGGAGGCAGGCGGGGCGGCGGCUGCGGUACCUGCCCACCGGGAGCUUUCCCUUUCUCCUCGUCCUGCUGCUCCUCUGCAUCCAGCUCGGGGGAGGACAGAAGAAGAAGGAGAAUCUUUUAGCCGAAAAAGUAGAACAGCUGAUGGAGUGGAGUUCCAGGCGCUCAAUCUUCCGAAUGAAUGGCGAUAAAUUCCGAAAAUUUAUAAAGGCCCCGCCUCGCAACUAUUCCAUGAUUGUCAUGUUCACUGCUCUUCAGCCUCAGCGACAGUGUUCUGUGUGCAGGCAAGCUAAUGAAGAGUAUCAAAUACUGGCUAACUCCUGGCGCUAUUCCUCUGCAUUCUGUAACAAGCUCUUCUUCAGUAUGGUGGACUAUGAUGAGGGGACAGAUGUUUUCCAACAGCUGAAUAUGAACUCUGCUCCCACAUUCAUGCAUUUUCCUCCAAAAGGCAGACCCAAGAGAGCUGACACCUUUGACCUUCAACGAAUUGGGUUUGCAGCUGAACAACUAGCCAAGUGGAUUGCUGACAGAACAGAUGUCCAUAUUCGAGUCUUCAGACCACCCAACUACUCUGGCACCAUUGCUUUGGCCCUGUUAGUGUCACUCGUUGGUGGUUUGCUCUACUUAAGAAGGAACAACUUGGAAUUCAUCUAUAACAAGACUGGUUGGGCCAUGGUAUCUCUGUGUAUAGUCUUUGCUAUGACUUCUGGCCAGAUGUGGAAUCAUAUCCGUGGACCUCCAUAUGCUCAUAAGAACCCGCACAACGGACAAGUGAGCUACAUUCAUGGAAGCAGCCAGGCACAAUUCGUGGCAGAGUCACACAUUAUUCUGGUACUAAAUGCUGCUAUCACCAUGGGGAUGGUCCUCCUGAAUGAAGCGGCAACGUCCAAAGGCGAUGUCGGGAAAAGACGGAUCAUUUGCCUAGUGGGAUUAGGCCUGGUGGUGUUCUUCUUCAGUUUUCUACUUUCCAUAUUUCGUUCCAAGUACCACGGCUAUCCUUAUAGUGAUCUGGACACUGAGUGAGCAGAUGUGAUGGGGAGCAUGGCACUUUAACACUGUAACCCAAGCUUUUUAAUUAAAUGAAGCCAAGUGGAGUUUGCAUAAAGUGAAUGUUUACCAUGAAGAUAAAGUGUUCCUGACACACUAGUUUGACUUCUUGAGCUCAUUGCCUUGUUGAUUGUGAUACUCUAGCUUAUUCUUGUACAAUUUUUUUUAAAUGUGAGUUUUCCUAGUGAAUUUAAUUUAUAGACGUGGAAAAUGAUUACAUGUCAUAUGAGCACUGAAAAGAACAAAGGAAACAUUGAGGUGUUUUCAAACAUAUUACAUUCAGUGCAUUCCAAUAGGAUUGAAUGGAAUAAAUGCCCAUGUAAUAAUGAAUUCAUGUUUAGAACUUCCACUCAUCAGUAAAAAAAAACCACAAUGUAAUAAGGGAAAACUAUGAAAUGUAUGUUAAAGAAUUCUUAGGGUUUUACAAGAUAAGUAUAUGCAUGAGAAUAUGUCACGUACUGAAAAAUUAAACUUACUGUUCUUUCAGUAUAAAGGAUGUGUAUGGUUAUAAA